CGGUGAGGAAACUUGAACACAUUUUGUGAUUUUAAUCGUUUUUAACUUUUAUUUUUUAUUUAAUCGAGGAGGAAACUUUAACACAAUAACGAGGAGAUACAAGAGUGGAUUAAAACCAAGUUUGGACUUGAUUAACUCACUCAGGUGUCUCCGGGAUGUUCGAAAAGACGCCGUACGAGAGCCCGCCCAUGUACAGCCCCCCGCUGACCGGCUUCGGGCCCCAGGAGAGCUACAGGCCGGCGCAGAGCGAGCACGACCCCUACCCACCUCCCCCGGGGUCCUACUACGCGGCCGAGGAGGUCCCGCAGCACUUCUACAAGUGGUCCUCGCCCCCCGGCAUCGUCAAGAUCAUGGAGGGCGCGGUGGUGGUGCUGUGCCUGGGCAUCUUCGCCUGCGUGGCUUCCACGCUGGUCUGGGACAUGCAGUACGGGUACGGGAUGGGGUACGGGAGCGGGAGCGGGUACGGGAGCGGGAUGGGAAGCUACGGGUCCGGCUACUACGGGUCCGGGUCCUACGGGUCCGGGUACUACAACUCCGUCAGCCCGUACUCGGCCAAAACGGCGAUGAUCGCCAUGGCCGCCAUCAACUUCGUGGUGGCGCUGGGCUUCUUCGUGGCCAGCUUCUCCAAAAGCGGCGCGGUGCGGAGCAGGAAGUUCUUCCUGGCGGCGCUGGUGUGCGCCGCCGUGCUGGCGGCGCUGCAGGGCAUCAUCAACAUCGUCUACAUCGUGGGCGUGAACCCCAUGGCGCAGAGCUCGUCCAGCGCCUUCUACAACCCCAUGCUGAUGAUGUGCCAGAGCCUGUACGGGAACGGCGUUUCGGGAAUGGGGGCGGGGUUCCCCGUGUACAACCAGUACCUGUAUCACUACUGCUACGUCGACCCCCAGGAGGCUGUAGCGAUGGUGUGUGGGUUCCUGGUCGUGUUCGCCCUGGCCGUGGCGGCGUUCUUCUCCUACAAGACCAGGAGCAAAAUCUGGCGCUACGGAAAACCGAACGUGCUCUGGGACCAGCCGCUGACCGCCGGCCAGGAGGGUCGCGACGUGGAAGACUGGGUGAACAACGUGGACGAUGGACAGAGCGCCCACGAGGCGUCCGUGAUGUUCUCGGAAAAAUCAGCUCCUCUCCUGAACAAGUCUCAGAGCGUGACCUCCAUCCCCUAUAAGAGUGACCCCUACACCCCCCCCGCGUAUUCUGAGCGAGUGGUCAGUCGACCUCAGGCUCCGGACAGCUCGAGUCCCUCCGAGCGGACCGAGGUAGCCAGGAAACCCGCCGCGCUGAGAGGGAAACGCCGCCACAGGAACCCUGAACUGGACGACUCUCAGUACGAGACGGAGUACACCACAGGGGGGGAGACGGGGAGUGAGCUGGACCCUCAUCACUGGAUCAGUUUGUACCCAGAGAUCACGUCUGACGCUCAGCGGCAGCAGUACAAGAGAGAAUUCGACUCCGACCUGCAGACGUAUAAAAAACUCUGCGCCGAAAUCGACGACGUCAACGACGAGCUGAACAAGCUGAGCCGAGAGCUGGACACGCUGGACGAGGGGACCUCCAAAUACCAGGCGGUAGCAGAAGAAUUUAAUCGACUGAAAGAUAUGAAGCGGAUGCCUGAUUUUCAGGAGAAGAAGCUGCUGUGUCGUCGCCUCCGUCACAAACUCUUCCACAUCAAGCGCAUGGUGAAGGAGUACGACCACUCCUGAAGCUCCUCCUCUUCUCCUGAAGCUCCUCCUCUUCUCCUUCUACACCUGAACAACAUCUCACCUGCAGGAGAGCUAAUGACGUUUAAGCUUAAUGAUUAACCAGUGGGGUCCAGCCAUUCAGCUUCAGCAAGUGUUUCUGUCUAGAUUUCACACUGAACAUGUGUGUGUGUGUGUGUGAUAAAGGUGUGUGUGAGAUACAGGUGUGUGUGUGUUUAGUACAGGUGUGUGUGUGAAGUACAGGUAUGUAUGUGAGUGUGUGUGGUACAGGUGUGUGUGGUACAGGUGUGUGUGUGAAGGUGUGGUUAAAGGUCAGUGAGGGUGAUAAGACGAGGGUGAGGUGUUUGUUGGUGGACUUUUGGUGAUAAUGAGGGCGUGGUUCUGUGUGCUUCUCAGCGUCAGUGAUUGAACCCUGUUCAUGUUUUUACUUUUAAAGGAAUCAGCUGUAACCUCAGUUCCACAAAAAGUUGGGACAUGAUGUGAUUAUACAAAUAAAAACAGAGAGCAGUGAUUUAGAAUGUUCUCCCACUCAUUAUGAAUCAAACCUCUGGAUCAGGUGACGUGAUCAGGACUGGAUGGAUGAGGAGCCCUCAAAAUGUCUUACCAAGUAAACCUGCAGUCUGUAGAAUCGUAGCUGCUUCACCCUCUACAGUGCAUAAAAUCAACAAAAGAGAGCAAAUCUGUGCUUUCUCAACUGGUCAGUUGUCCACAUACUUUUGGCCAAAUGUGUAAAUAUAGGGUUGAACCUUAAGAAGUCUUAACAGGCACAGUGAGCUGUGUCUGAGGGAGUAGAAUUGUAGUCUUCUCACCCUCUACAGUGCAUAAUAUUAUCAAAAGAUUAUACGUAUAUCAUUCCUGUACCUGGUUCCUGUUGUAUUUUCUCUCAUUUUAAGAACUCGUUUUUAGGAGAUUUAGGACCAAUAUUUAGUUUCUGAGUCGUGAUUUAAAGUGUCACAGUGAUUUCAGUGUUUUAGUGCAGUAACGUUCCAAAAAUGUAAUAAAAAAAAAAAAAAAGGUUUAUAAAAAACAAGCCGUUAUUUUCAUGUAAGUUCAGUUUCCUUUCAUGUUUGAUGUUUGUGUUUUUAAUCACUGUGUUUUGGCCAAGAAUUUGUUGAAUUUUGAUCUGAUUUGAAAUCAUGGUUAUUUUUAUUGUAAUAUUAAACAUUACUGGUGUUUUUACACUCCUGAGCGACUCGAAUUCCAGUAAAUCCAGUAAAAAUCGGAGCUGAUUUGUGUUGUAAAUAAAAGCUGUACAUGAUUCUGUUCCUCUACUAAUCACCACAGAUCAGAAUUUUCUCUUCUGUUAGACGUUAAGAUUUAUGUUUUAUUUUUAUUAUAAAGAUCAAUUUGAUGUUUGUUUGUAGAUUUUUUUUCUUAUAUUGUUUUUUUCUCCGUUGAGACGUUUGUAUUAUUAAAAGUGAUUUUUGUAUCAUGAUAAAUAAAUAAUAU